UCCGACAUUCUCCACGCCUACGAUCAACUCCUGCAGUCCAAAUCAUCCGUGCACUUUGGGUACCCCUACAACCUCAUGUUUGAUUACACCGAAUUGGCGCAGUUUAUGAAAUACUCCAUUAACAAUCUCGGAGAUCCCUUUGUGCCCUCCAACUACGGCGUCCAUUCGCGACAAUUCGAAGUCGCCGUCAUUGACUUCUUCGCCAAAUUGUGGAAGAUGGAAACAGACUCGUACUGGGGAUACGUUACCACCUCCGGUACGGAAGGAAACCUCCACGGCAUUCUCCUCGCGCGCGAAAAGUUCCCCGACGGUAUCCUCUACACGUCGCAGGAAACGCACUAUUCGGUCUUCAAGGCUGCCCGCUACUACCGCAUGGAGUGCCAGUCCAUCCCAACCUUGCCCAUGGGUGAAAUUGACUACGAUUGCCUCUCCGAAGCCAUUGCGCGCAACCGCGACAAACCCGUCAUCCUUAACGUCAACAUUGGGACCACCGUCAAGGGCGCCGUCGACAAUCUCGACCGCAUCCUCCGGAUCCUACAGUCCCUACAGAUCCCACGCGAACAGUUCUACAUACACUGCGACGGUGCCCUCUUUGCCCUCAUGAUGCCCUUUGUCGAAUUCGCCCCGGAAGUCUCCUUCCGUAAACCCAUCGACUCGAUUGCCGUUUCCGGACACAAAAUGCUCGGCUGUCCCAUGCCCUGUGGCGUCGCGCUUUCCCGUAAGGAACACGUCAAGAACUUGGAACAGCACAUUGACUACCUCAAUUCCGUCGACACCACCAUUAUGGGUAGUCGCAACGGCCAAGCCGCCCUCUACCUUUGGUACAGUCUCCGCAAAAAGGGCAUUGGCGGGAUCAAACGCGACGUCAUGCACUGUAUGGAAACGGCCCGGUACCUCAAGGACGCCCUCACGGCUAAGGGACUCACCUGUCGCCUCAACGAUCUCAGUUCCACCGUCGUUCUCGAACGACCCAUGGACGAUGACCUCGUCAAACGCUGGCAACUGGCCUGUGAAGAAGAUAUUGCUCACGUCGUCGUCAUGCCCAACGUGACCCGUUACAAGAUUGAUCUCUUUGUGGAAGAACUCAUGCAG